AAAAAGAAUCAAAGAAGAACAAUAAACAACGGUAGAAAAAAUAUCGAAAGAAAUAUUAAUAAAAAAAUAUCCGGCAAAGAUAUGGCUUCGUUCUCCGGUCGUUUAUCCGUCGCCGCCGCUGCGAUCAUUGUGCAGUUUCUCUCGUUGGCCGCAGAACCGCCGCCCACGGAGUUCAUCAGCAUUGUAUGCCAACGUGUCACCGACAAAGCUUAUUGCCUGAAAGCUCUGACGGAGAAUCCUCAGGCGGUUGCCGCAAAUGGUCUGUUUCCACUGGCUGAGGUAGCGAUCGGACUCGGGAAAGCACACGCCGAGAAGACACUGGCUUUCAUCGACGAGACAGUGAAGAAGGAGCCGCCGAACAAGGCAGUGUACGCGCAGUGCCGCGACGCCUACGCAGGAAUCCUCGCGUCCUUCGGCAGCGCCGCCGCCGGUCUCAAGUCGACACCGGACACGGCCAACUACGACGUCAUGGUCUCACGUGACGAGACGAGCCACGUCACAGCACUGAUCGGCAAGAACGAUGACGUGGUAUCGAAGACGCUCUUGGCGAUGAACGAUCAGAUGAGCCAUUUCAUCGAUCUGGCCUCCGGCGCUACGGAUUCCGUCGACGACGACGACGAGAAUACUUUCCGUCGUGAGUGAUUCGGUUUGGUUUGAACCGGGUCCGGAUUUGGUUUUCAUUUUGGUUUAUGUAUUGAUAUUGAGUGAUUUGUUGUAUUGGUGUAUAUAUGAAAACUCAAUAUUUCCUUAGUAAAUCGUUAGAGACGUGCAACAAAAUCGAUUUCGUCCCUCG